UUAUUUUUCAUUUGUGUUCUUUACCUCUUCAUAAUCAUCUUAUGGAGUUCCAAUCAGUGAUAAAAAUGCAUUACCCGUAUCUUGCAUCUGUUAUCUUUGAUGACAAUUUCUCUUUAAAAGAUGUUCAUCCAUCUCUUACGGAUGAUGCUUCAUGUGUCCAAAACGUGCAUCAUAAACCUUUCCAUGCUAAACUCGAUAAGUCACAUGUACCAUCGAUCAUAAACCCUGAUCUUUGUCAUAAAAAUCUUACAUUGAAUAUCUCAAACACAACUUUCGAUCAUAUUCCAAAUCUAAACAUUUCUCCUCGUCACUAUGAUAUGCAGCCACACAUAUUCGAUACAGUUUCAAAAGAUAUCUAUAAUGGUAUCACUCCCUCUCCAUGUACUGAAGCUUUUGAGGCAUAUCUUCGUGGCAUAUCCAACGACCAAGAUCUCUUCGACAUGGCAUGUAACACAUCAUCACAACAUGUUGAACCCAAUGAUGUACCCAACAUUUCACAUGUCCCACGCGACAAUACUAUGUGGGAAAAUAAUCAAAAUCAAGGGAUAAUCUUUGGGACAGAGUCGAUCUUCAAUCUAGCCAUGGUUGACUCUAAUCUAUAUGGUGCGCCUAAACCAAUAGGUAUAUUGGGCGCAAAUGAAGAUACCAUCAUGAAUCAACGUCACAAUAAUCAAAUAAUGAUCAAAGUCGAUCAGAUCAAGAAGAGCAAGAGAUUUCAGAUGAGGAGAGGAUCUAAACUGACGAGAAAAGCAAGCAUAAUAAAAGGUCAAUGGACUUCCGAUGAAGAUAGGUUGUUGAUGCAAUUAGUGGUGCUUCAUGGGACAAAAAGGUGGUCUCAGAUCGCUAAGAUGCUUCAAGGACGUGUUGGAAAACAAUGCAGAGAAAGGUGGCAUAACCAUCUUCGUCCUGAUAUCAAGAAAGAUGGUUGGAGUGAAGAAGAAGAUAGGAUAUUGAUUGAAGCUCACAAGGAGAUUGGUAACAGAUGGGCUGAGAUUGCUCGAAAACUCCCUGGACGCACUGAAAAUACAAUCAAGAAUCAUUGGAAUGCGACUAAACGCAAACAACACUCGAGGAAGUCCAAGGGGAAAGAUGAAGUUUCCCUUGCACUCGGCAGCAACACUCUUCAGAACUAUAUUAGAUCUGUUACCUAUAACGAUGAUACUCUCAUGACCGCAACCUCUAACUCAAAUGGAAACAAUGGUCGAAGAAACGUGAGAGGUAAAGGUAAAAAUGUAAUUGUUGAUGCCUCAGACUACAACAAGAAAAACGAUGAGAAUGAGUGUAAGUACAUCGUUGAUGGUGUGAUGAACUUGGAUUUGGAGAAGUCUACCAUUUGUGUGUCAAGGUCAACGUCUGCAUCUGGUUCUACGUCUGGGUCAGGGAGUGGUGUAACCAUGGAGGUUGAUGAACCGAUGGAAGACAGUUGGAUGGUGAUGCAUGGGUGUGAUGAAGUUAUGAUGAACGAGAUUGCUUUGCUGGAGAUGAUUGCUCGUGGCCAUGUUUAACCGUUAUUAUCUAAGCUAUUUGAACUUGUUUGUUAUCUAUCUAUUUGAACUAAAUUUGGUAUUUUAAUGGAAGAAGUGGACAUGUAAUAUAUAU